GGGCUGGGCCGGGCCGCCUGUUGCAGCGCCGGCAGCCGGCCCCGCCGGCAGCCUGAAUGCGCGCAGUAAGUGUUGGCUCAGCAGUCAGCAGCACUGCUGCGAGCGAAACUAUUCUCUGCUUCACGCAACAUGGAAGAACAUAAUGGGAUGCCUGACUGUAGUCAGCUUUUAGACUUGAAGAACACAGCAGAAAGCGACCCCGACUCACUCACUACAUUUUCUGUGAAAACACUGUUUGGACUUACAACUAAGCUUGAAUCUACAGCUCCUACAGAAGAAACAGUUCUUAAAGCAUUUCAACCUUUGCACAGCAAUGUAAAUGCUCACGCUAACACCUGGCAUGACAGGAAUGAUAAUGGAUGUAAUGAGGACUCAGAAAAUCAGCACAACGUGGAUAGUACCAGUGGCCAGGCUGACCCAAUGUCUGGCAGGCAGGCAGGCCUGGAGCUGGAGUUAGCUGACCAAAAUGAAUUACUUCUUCAGCAUUUGAGGUUUGUUCAGCCUUCUUUGUCUGAAUCUGACAAUGAUGACAAGGAUGCUAUUCUCGUACAAGGUACUUUGGUUCAUACAACAAGUGACACAGAAUCGGACACGGAGAAUAAGGACCUAGACACCGAUGAGAACAAUGCAAGCAAAUAUGGGCUAAAAAAUGCUGCUUUGUCUGCUGAGGCCUUGGACAGCAGCAAUCAAAAUAAGGAAGAGUCAGAAUCAGAAGGGCACAGAAAUAGUGAUGGCACUGUGGAUACAGACGACAUUGAAUUACACCCACCAUUCUCUAACCAGCUCCCAAAAGAGCUGGACGGUAUUCUACAGUAUGACUCCAAUGGAAAAGACAAAAUGUUAAUGGAUGAGCAAUUCACUCAUUUGCUUGCUACAGGGGAAUGCCCUCAAGAACUUUCAGAUGAAGAACAAAGACCUUCCGUUGAUAAUAUAUCACUCCAAAAAACAGCACUGGCUGAAAAGACUUUCCAGCUGCCUGCUUUCUUCAGUGGACUACGUGUCAGGAAAAAGGGACUAACCACAGAAGAUGGGGAAACUGUUACAGAAAUUAAACCAAGGGAGAAUGAUUUAGCUCUGCUUAAAUUACGACAGCCUGUUAAGAAAUCCAAUAUUGCAUCAGGUUUGACCAUUAAAAAAAAAUCAUCUGAACCUAAAGCAAAUCCCACUUUCCUAGAACAACUCUCGCACUUGUUAAACAUAGACGUCUCCAAGAAUGAAGAUAGAACUGAGGACUCUGCUGAGGGAUCUGGGGAGACCGAGGACAGUGAUGAAGCUCAAGAGAACAAAGCCUCUAGCAAAAGAGAACCACGAUUUCCCUCUGAGGAGAUAAAAUCAAGCCCUGCUGAAUCUGCACUGGAUGCCUUUAAAGCCUUAUUCACGCGACCUCCCAAGAAAGAAACAACUGCAGAUCCUUCAGAGCUGGAAGCCCUGAAACGCAAAAUGAGAAAUGAAAAAGAGUCCUUGAAAGCUGUAUUUGAAAGGUCAAAAUCAAAACCUGGGGAUGGACCAUCAGACAAAUCUCCUGACCUGAGUCCCUCAGAGCAAGAUGACAAGACUCCAGGGAGACUCCAGACUGUCUGGCCGCCACCAAAAGCAAAUCAUGAAGAAGUAAAAGUAGGAUUGAAGUACACAGAAGCAGAGUACCAAGCUGCCAUUCUGCAUUUAAAGAGGGAACACAAAGAAGAAAUUGAAACAUUAAAGUCUCAGUUUGAACUCAGGGUAUUCCACAUUCGUGGAGAACAUGCUGUCUCAACUGCUCAGCUUGAGGAAACCAUUGCACAUCUGAAGAAUGAACUUGACAAUAAAUUAAACAGAAGAAAUGAAAAAGCAAAGGAUAUUGGUGUUUCUACUGAAGAUGAUAACCCACCAAAGGCAUACCGAAAUGUAUAUAUACAGACUGACAGAGAAACUUUUAUAAAGCCUAGUGAAGAAGAAAACAGAGCUGUGAAAAAUAACCCAAUAGUACCCAAAAAGCUUAAUAUUUCUUCUUUAACACACAGUAUAUCUGCUCAAAGUGAAAAUAAGGACAAUUACAAUGUACAGUCAUCAGAAAGUGUCUUGUCUUGUCAACCAAAACAAAUGCUGCGUCCACCACCACCACCACCUCCUCCCCUUCCUGAUUCUUUGCUGUCUGCUGUAGUUCCUCCACCGCCACCUUUGCCAAUGGAUCCGGCUUCACUGACAUCUCAGUUUGGAUCUGGUCCACCACUGCCACCUCCACUUUCUGAAGGCUGUAGGAAUUUUCAAACACCACCACCACCACCACCCCCACCGCUUCCGGGGCUGGGACCUCCUGUUCCUCCUCCACUGCCUGGAUCUGGGUUACCUCCACCCCCUCCACCUCCUGGGCCUGGGUUCUUUUUUAAUAGCACUUUAUCUUCAAACCAAGGUCCUCGAAAACCUGCCAUUGAACCUGGCCGUCCCAUGAAGCCUUUGUACUGGACACGAAUACAAUUGCAAGAUAACAGGAAAACUGCUAUGCCAACAUUAUGGGAAUCACUGGAAGAACCUGAUAUACUUGACACUACUGAGUUUGAAUAUUUAUUCUCCAAAGACACCACUCAGGAAAAAAGAAAACCAUUAUCAGACACUUACGAAAAAAAAAACAAGGCCAAAAAGAUCAUCAAAUUGCUGGAUGGAAAGCGAUCUCAAACUGUAGGAAUUUUAAUAUCAAGUUUGCACUUGGAGAUGAAGGAUAUUCAACAAGCUAUAUUGUGUGUCGAUGACUCUGUAGUAGAUCUGGAGACGCUGGAAGCCCUAUAUGAAAAUAGAGCACAAAAGGAUGAGCUGGAGAAAAUCAAGCAAUAUUAUCAGACUUCAAAAGAGGAGGAACUGAAGCUUCUAGAUAAACCAGAACAAUUUCUGUAUGAGUUGUCUCAAAUCCCCAACUUCGCAGAGCGAGCUCAGUGUAUUAUCUUCCAGUCGGUUUUCUCUGAAGGCAUAACGUCAGUGCACCGGAAGGUCGAUAUUGUGACUCGUGUUUCCAAGGCUUUGCUGAGCAUGAAAAGUGUAAAGGAAAUUUUGGGUUUGAUUCUGGCUUUUGGAAAUUAUAUGAACGGCGGGAAUAGGACCCGAGGUCAAGCUGAUGGGUUUGGUUUGGAAAUACUCCCCAAACUAAAGGAUGUCAAAAGCAGAGACAGUGGUAUUAAUCUGGUGGAUUAUGUUGUCAUAUACUACCUACGCCAUUGUGAUAAGGAAGCAGGAACAGACAAGAGUAUUUUUCCUUUACCAGAACCACAGGAUUUUUUCCAGGCCUCCCAAGUUAAAUUUGAAGAGCUAAUAAAAGACUUAAGGAAACUGAGGAGAGAUCUAGAAGCCUCUGAAAAGCAGAUGAAGUUAGUUUGCAGAGAGUCUUCUGAAGAACAUCUCCAGCCCUUCAAGGAGAAAUUAGAGGAAUUCUUUCAGAAAGCUAAAGAAGAACGGAAAAAAGAAGAGAACAGUUUGGAAAAUGCUCAAAAAUGCUUUGAAGAAACAGUGGGAUACUUUGGGAUUAAGCCAAAGCCUGGUGAGAAGGAGAUCACACCAAACUACGUUUUCACGGUGUGGUACGAAUUCUGCAGUGACUUCAAGACCAUUUGGAAACGAGAGAGCAAAAGCAUUUCCAAGGAACGAAUUAAAGUGGCUCAGCAAUCAGUGAGCAAGUUAACUGCAGAGAAGAAAGUUGAAACGAAGAAAAUCAAUCCUACAGCUAGCCUGAAAGAAAGACUACGUCAGAAGGAAGCCAGUGUGACUGCCAACUGAAGGAAGAUGAAUGAAAACAGUGCAGUGAUUUCAUACAUUGCCUGUAUUCUUUACUACACCAAUGGCCCAGGAAGCACCUUAUGUUAGAUACUGAAUUCUGCUUUGCUGAUCUGUCCCAAGACAAUCUAUUAAAGACUUUUGAGUUCCUUCAGAGGGGUUUGUAUGUUCAGUGGAGGGAAUUCUAAGAAAGUCUUUACGUGGGAAGUCAAAUUUUUUUUCUGUAACCGUUCCUUACAUUGCUUAAAAUGCAUCUUGUUGUCAAUGGUUUAUUAAAGUAUUCUGUGUAUAAUGUAUUAAUAUGGAAGAGCUAAAAUGAGCAUUUUGGAUGCUGAGUUAAGUAAUGACUAACAACCUGUAGGUUAUUUACAGGGCUUUAUGUAGAUGAGAGCAAAUAUGCCAUUCAGUUCACAAAGAUCUAUUGCAGCAUACUUUUUGCUACUUCAGCGGUAACUGAGGUAAGAUUGACUGAUUCUAAAUAAUUUUACAGUGUCUGACUAUUGGAUGCAUCUUUCUAAAACUGAUUAAAUGUAAGUAUAGAUUCAUGCUGUAUUUUACUAUGAAUAUUUUUAUAGAAGCUUCAGCUUAUGCCAUUCAUUGAAGUGGGAGUAAUAUUUUGCACAUAAAAAGGAAUAUUCAAAUUCUUUAGUUUUGUGAUUGAUGGCAUAACAGAUUUAUUAUUUUUAUGGUUUUAAUCUAACAUUUCCUAAAUUUUGAGCUUCGAAAGAAAAAAUUAUAAAAUGUAUAUUUUUAUUUCAGUAUAUAUUGCAAAUAACAAUUCCAUAAAGUGAUGAGUUUAUAGGUCAUUAUUCAUUAAGAUACAAUAAUAUCUCUCCAUGAAUUUAGGCAUUUGUCAUUAAACAUUUGACUUUUAAUUCCAUUGAAAGCUUUCUUUUUAACAGCAAUUAUCUCACUCUAAAAUACAUUAUGCAGCCUGCUCUUGUCCCCCAUAUUUGUAUGAAGAAUGCGUCAAGCAUACCUACAUAUUUUUUUAUAUAUAUAUAUGGUUUUUAUAUGUGUGUGUGUGUAUAUAUAUAUAUAUACACACACACACACAUAAUAUAAUAAGUAAAACUUCAGAAAGAAUUAACAGUGUCUUGCUGUCCUCCUGUAACAUUACAACCAUUGCCAUAAAGUGGCAGAGCCUAAAAAUAACCCUACUGAAUAUCCACCAUUACUUGAAGAUUUUUAUUGCAUUUUAAGGAUUUGGAUUCUUAGGAGGAGAAAUCUGGAAGCAGAAGUUAAUUUAAGGUAAAAGAGAAAAGUGAUUCUGCUUGCUGUCCACAAGAGAGAAAAUGAGUUUAUGAUAAAGGUGUAUGAAGUUGGUUACAAAGAGAAAUUAGGUGAAGCAAAGAGGUGCAGAAAGCUAGUAGGGGAAAAGCAUUAGUCCUUUGUUUUGAAACUGGAAAGAAUAUACAUGAGACAGACCUCAGUUAUCAUACAGCAAAUUCCACAGAGACUGAGAUGAAACCUAGCCAAAGUCCUCCCUAGCAGUGUACAUUUAUAUUAAGGAAAAUAGAAGUUUUGGAGACACAUUCAUAAAUUAACUUAGGAUUUCAGUGCAGAUUUCUUAAAUUAGUGUCUCUCUCAUUCCUGCGUAAAUGAAAACAAAAGACUCAAGAGUCUCUUGUAUGUUUGGGAGUUUAGACCUGCUACAGAUAUAGUCAAGAUAUGUAAGCAUAAUUCUUAUGAAAGCAGUCAACAACAUGCCAGCAAAAAUAAUCUGAUUUGUAUUUUGACUAGUCCCGUUGCAGAGAAAAAGAAAAUUCCAAAGAUUUAAGUUUCCUGUCUUCCACUAACUAGGUGAAGUACAUUUCUUUUCAACACUAUUAGUGAUAAAUAAGAGGAGCAAUAAUGCCUGUAAAAGCCAAAGAACAAUAGCAAGCAAGGCAAUUCUGAUAAGUGUUUAAGCAAACAGUGUUUAUUUUUCAUAUAGUUUUCUAUCUAUCAUGAAGAUAAUGUAUAUUGCCAUUUGACCUGAGAGUUUUUUCAAUUAAAUUAAUUACUUGAAGUAUUAUUCAGCAAGAGCAUUACUGUUUGUGAAAAUGGUCUUAAUAAUUCCCAUUAAAAGUAUAUUGUGGAAAAAAGGGUUUUAACUUAUUGAAAUAUCCUGUUUCAAAAUUUCUAAAUGUGAAUUUUCAUUUUUCAGUUCAAAUUGACGUCAUUUUGAAAUGUUGAAAAAUGUAUAUAAAAAGGGAUUAAAAUUAAAAUUAUUCAUUUAAAGCAUUCCUUGAUCAGACUUAUAAUUCUUUUAUCAAAUUAGCAAUUUGCCACAGUUUUGAGAAUUAAUGCUAUUUUUUAGAAGAUUCAAAAACUUAUAUAGCACAGGGACCUUGUCUCUUCCUAAUUUUCAGUUGUAUUGAUUUUCCUCUCAAGUCUGAGUUUCUGAUUCCAGUUUAACCCAUGACUUAAAUCAUCUACUACUAAUUGAACUAUUUUUAAAUGAAAAGAAGAAUUCACCUAGAUUAUUUGAUUCAUUGUCUUAAUCAAGACUGUAAGACUUCUGGAUGGCAUUCAUCAGGUAAAUAUAACGCUUUUUUUCCCCAGUGAUACCCACAAGUGUCUUCAGACAGUUAUUGAAGCCACAAUAGCUGGCUUUAACUAAAAUUGUGUAUUAGAGAGGAGAUAUUUACAGAUAUGUCUACAUAAGCUGUUUAUUUCUGAAAUAUUUAGACACUUCAGGCAUAACAAAUGUGCAUCAACCACCACUCAUCUUUGGGGUCACCAAAUGUCACCAAACAUGCUUUAAGCUUUAGUUUGAUGUCUCACUUUACCUUGAGCUUCCUAGUUUGGGGAGAAUAAAAGGACAGAGGGAGAAAAGAAGGAAACUACAAAGAUGGAAUGCAACAGAAGUCUCUGGUGCAUGUCUACAUUGCUGUCAAGGAAGUAAAAGAGUGGACUCAAUUAAGCCAAGCAGCAAUAGCUAGACAGUUACAAUUUUCUGGUCUAUUUAACUUAAAAUACCUCAACACUUCACAGAAGUCACUUCUGUGACUGCAAAGUAGAUGUGGCUUAAGAGGGGGAAUUUUCUGUUGUGUUUUGGUUUCAUUUCUUCUGUUACUGCCAAGCUUCCCAAAGACUGUAAAGCAUAGGACUAUUAAAACCCAUGUUACUCAUUAGGUGCUUAUUACCCACAAUGACAAUAUACAGUACUGAUUUAUAAAUCAAAUUAUUAGGAAGAAUUCAGUGUAGAAUGAGUAGACAAUAAUCUGCAAAGUGCUCUUUACAUUAUUUACAACAUUACCACUUGUUCAUUUUAAAAUGGAAGACCUUUUAGUGUUGUUGAGGUCUGAAAAAUCUUUUUUUCAUUAGGUUUUCACCAAACUAUGAGAACUACCCAGGUGUU